AUGGUUUGUCAAUGGGCUUACGAGCCCGAAACAGACUUGUGUUCCUCAUAUACCCUAUUAGAGGAAGUCUACUAUAAAGAAAAAAGACCAAACAGUGAUCGAAUCAAGGAAAUUGCAAAGUCGCUAAAGCUAAAUGAGCGUAUGGUCGAAAUAUGGUUUCGAAGAAGACGUAAUCGGGAAAAGUCCCCUAUAAUCGUUAAAUUUGUGGAGUCUGAGUGGAAGUUUUGUUACUAUACCACUAUGUUCACAUAUGGAUUAUUCUCACUAUACAAAAAGUCCUACUUGUGGGAUGUUAGAGAUGCUAUGCAGAAUUAUCCAUAUUAUGUUAUGCCUACGGAAAUUCACUGGUAUUACAUGAUACAACUCGGAUAUUAUACAGCUUCAUUAAUAUGGGUAUUUUAUGAAGUUAAACGGUCGGAUUUCAAAGUUCUUCUUGGACACCAUAUUGCAACUGUAUCCUUAUUAGCCUUUUCGUAUAUUACAAAUCAUCAUCGGAUCGGUGCAUUAAUUCUUUUACUACAUGAUGUCGCCGAUUGUUGGAUGGAGGCAGCUAAAUUAUGCAAAUAUGUUAAGAAACAUGCAGCCUCUGAAGUGUUAUUCACUAUUUUUGUAUUUGUAUGGAUUGUAACAAGAUUAACUUAUUUCCCCUAUGUCUUACAAGCUCUACAUAUAUACUGGUUUUGUUUAAUUGUAAAGGUUGCAUUACAAGUGAAAACACAAGGAUGUUUGGCUAAAGAUUGUCGCAGUGAAAGUGAACUGUCUGAUUCAUCAGAUCCACCAAUAAAAGCUGAUUAG